AUGACUUCGGCCUCCAGUGACAAUCGUCUCCCCAACCUUCCAGCAUGGUACCGCCUGUUGCCCAAACCCGCGGCAGAGCGCUAUCCGGCGUUGCGGCGUACCUCGUCCCUCUCACAGCAUCAUUUGUUCCGUGACCGAUCUCAAGACCGAGCUGCUGCUCGCGAAGAUGGUCUUCGACGAAACACAGACCACGUGCCAGCCCACAAGGGCUCCAUGUCUACCGCUGCUACUUCACAAGAGUGUAUAGGAGAACUACAGAUACCUGCAAAUGGUCAUUCUGGCUCGGCGUCCUCGCCCGUCCGAGAACGCUCCCUGGAGAUGGCGGAAACUGGUUCUGAACAUCCUGUUGGAAGGAGUAAUUCCAAUCCCAAAGAGAACGUAUGCCUCUGUCCGGCUAGCCCCAAGAUACCAAGACCGCGAAACUCCUUCAUAUUAUUCCGCCAACACCAACAGGCCAGUAUCAUUGCACAGAAUCCAGGGAUUCCGAAUCCGGAAGUGUCAAAGAUUAUUGGCGAACAAUGGCGUGGUCUGUCCGCUGAGGCCAAAGAGGAAUGGAACCUGCUUGCGGAAGAAGAGAAAGCCCGCCACCAACAACAGUACCCAGGUUAUCGCUAUCAUCCACGACGCAACGGCCGGGUCAGCAAUCUGUCAUCUGUCUCUGGUCCCUCGUCGGCGGAACCACAAGAGUCUUGCGCCAAGUGUGGUGGGAAACCAAUAAACCAUUACAACAACCCAACACCAGUCUAUAUACCGCCGGCCUCCACCGUUCAACAAACCAUGGCUGUUAAUGUCCCCACGAAGCGUGGUUACGUCGUCACUGCUGGACCACCCGGUCAGCGAAUAUCGCCGGACCAUGCCGGCUUUCAGAGAGUCGAUUCCCGACUGGUGUAUGCCAUUCCACCUGCGGGCCAACCCCUGCCUACUCCUCCAUCCGCCGAAUCGCAAGAUGCAAAGAGACGUCGCUUGGGCAACGGUGUCUACGUUCCUGCACGGGAGGUCUACCCUGAAGCAACGUACUCAUAUCUCCAUUCUCCUACGACCAAUGGUGCAUAUGUCCGCCAGGAAGUUUUGCACCCGUCACAUAUCCAGCAUGUCCAGGUUCCCAAACCGCAAAUGGUAUCCCCUCCUCGAGCAUAUCCUAGGCCGCCAGCGCUCCAGCCCAUCCGUCCACCGCAUCCCCAUCAGAGAAACCGUUCGAGCGUGGCUUUGCCUCCCAUUGAAACGUUGGUAUCGCAGACGCCUACUAAAGCAUCCAUGGCUCAGGUGCAGAGCUCGGGGGUUGAGGCCAUGAUCAUGUCUAUACCAGUGCUGAACAAGAUUAAAGUUCUGUCUCAACUGUCCGGGCCACUGCCGCCUCCUGGAAUCACCUCUCCGAAACCUGGGGUGCGCGGAGCUAUUAUUGCUGUGGAGGGCCUAGAUGCGACCAGCGUCAACAGCAUGACCAAUUCCCUAACUAAGCAGCUGGAAAAGGAGGGCAAGUUUGCAGUCAAGAUCUUUAAAGGCCCGGACCCUUAUACUCUCCUUCACGAAGCCCGGAGGGGCGUCCAAGGACAGAAGAGAGGGACCGAUGCAUACUUGAAACUCAUGACCCGGUGGCACGAGGUGAGUCAAGAGAUAGUAGAGUAUAUCACUUCCAGACCAGGUGGUGGAUCAGCCACCACGCUCAGCGACAACCAUACGGACCAUCGUGUGAGUGGAGUUGAAGAGCACCAUCAGCCUCCAGAAAUACCCGACCAAGUCGUUCGAAGUGACGCACCACGACAGGCAGAAUCGGGCAGAGACAAGGAGGAAGACAGCCUCGACUCAGCUGUUUCUCCAAAGACGACCUUCAUCAGAGCUGCAAAUCCCUCUGCCAUGUCACCUCCUUCCAGCUCGGCGUUGCACAAGGGCAGAAGCCUAAGCACUCCAGGACUUUGGACAAGCAACGAGCCCCCGUCCUCCGCCCUUGAUACUCGUCCACCAGCCUCCUCAUAUACGCGGCAUCCGAACUCGAAACGCAUUCCUCCUCCACCACCAACACUGCCGCCGGCCUCGUCACUGCCUUCUCAAGUCCCGACGUCGAAACCACUGUCCCGUAGCUCCCCUCCCAUGGCCGCGCCAGUCACGAUAAACACCGGUAACUUACCUCCUCCGCAUCCCACCAUAUCCAACACCAUCAACAGCCCAGCUAGCACGCCCAUCCCCGUAGCCAUUGUGCCACACUUCCAACUCACGACUGUGGACGCCAGCUCCAUCAGCAUGCCCAUCCACGACAGCUUCUCUCCACCAGCCCAUUGGCAAUGGUUCGCCACCAUGUGGAGGGGCAGCGUUGGACCAGACAUAACCAUUGUCAUUCGUGGUGUGGAUGAAGAACCAGCGGAGGGUCCAGAUGUCAGUAAACCGGCGUCUCUUCCAGGUAUUUCCGGCGUCGCAAAUGCAGCCACUUCCAAUGCGAGAGAACGAAUUCCCAGCGUGGCAUCGAGUCAAUCACACAGUUGCGGCACAGGAGUGGAGAUUCGGUUGCAUGAUUCGAGGACGGUCAUUGUCAAGACGGGGAUUGUGGGUUCAGCCAUUCCGACGACUGGAGGUGCUGGAAGUGGUGAGAAAUCGCACAGCAAGGAAAUGACACCAGCCCAGCAGGCUAAGGAGGUGGAAAACUGGCAGAAGGCGAAGAGGCGGGUUGGGUUUGAGGUCGAGGAGUUCUUGAGACGAUAG